GUUGCUGUCGGCCUUCCUCUGACCCUGGUGGCCAUCUAUGCUCUUUAUUCUAUGGUGAGAAGUGAUCAUGUUGCUCCGAUCUACGUCAUCAACCUUCUCAUUGCUGACCUGAUUCAGUUCUGCUGCAUGAUCGUUGAGGUGACACGAUCUGAGGAUGAGAAGAUACUUUUCGUCUUCUCUAUUAUUCACUUCUCUGCUCUGUUUGCCAGUGUUUACUUCAUGGUCUGCAUCGCCCUGGAAAGGUAUUUGGUCAUCGCCCACCCACUGUGGUACCGCUUCAGACGAACCAUCAAGACCUCUGUGGUGCUCUGUGUCCUGGUCUGGAUAUUUCCUCUUCUGUUUAUGUUCAUUUGUUCGCAUUUUCUUGAGAGUCCAGAGUUAGGCUUUGCCAUUCUCUUCCUCCUUCCCUUCCCACUGUUAAUCUUCUUCCUGGUUGGGACCCUCAAAGCCCUGUCUGCUUCCAUCUCGGUCCCCUCUGAUGAAAAACGACGAAUUGUGGGAAUUUUGGUUCUGGUGCUGCUUAUUUACACACUGCUGUUCCUGCCCAGAAUCAUUUGGUUCUUGAAAGUAUACAAUGAAAAAUCUCAGUUUCUAGAAAACUAUGACUUUAGACUCACCAACCAGUCUUUCAUCUUAGUUAGGGUCAGUCCUCUUGCAGACUUGUUCCUGUAUGUCUUCAUGAGGAAAGGGUUCAUAGACAAGAUUUUGGCCUCUGUGUGUUGCUGCAGAAUGGACAGAAAUGAUAUCAGCAGUCCACCAGUAUGAAUGACGACAACAUUUCCACAGUCAGCUUCAUGUAGGCAGAGAAAGAGGGAGAGAGAGAGAAAGGGGAGGAAACAGGAGGAGAAAUGGAGGCCAAUAGAAAGGAUAGAGACGAGACAGAUCCUGUUAUCUACUGAGACCAUUUCCAAUAAGACACCUAACUGUAGAGAACAGGAAGCACUGUUUGGACUCUGCUGUGGGAGAAGUGGCUGCUGGGAAAUGUUUUGGUCAACUUGCUCUGGUUCACUGUGAUGGCUUCAACACAUGGAAAUAAAAUGUGUUUUAUUAGUUUG